AAGCGCACUGAUAAGACCGAAUUGCCCUCCUGUAGCUUUUUUUAUUCCCCCUUUGUAAAACAAAUGGCUCGGAAGGAGCCAAAUGUGAAUAAGUAAAAAGAAAGCCAAUCCCCAUUGGGUCAAGACUCCCUUCCUUCCAACUACAGAGAACGAUUCUGAUCCCUGAUACAUUUCUACUGCUGAAAACAUCAUGGGCUUCUGUCAAAUGUUGUGUGUAAAGAACAAAGAGAAAAAUAUUCAGAAGGUGGAGGGAAGAAGGAAGAUCAGGGGGAGAGUGGUUCUGAUGAAGAAGGGCGUGUUGGAUUUCCAUGACCCCAAAGCCUCCGUACUGGAUCGGGUUCAUGAGUUGCUAGGCAAGGGCGUGUCCAUCCAGCUCAUCAGUGCUGCUAAACCUGACCCAGAAAAUGGCUUCAGAGGAAAGCUGGGAAAGGUUGCACACUUGGAGAAUUGGAAUUCAACCAGAUCCUCAGUGACGGCGACAGCAGACACGGAAUUCUCAAUUACAGCAAACUGGGACGAGGGCAUGGGAGUUCCUGGCGCCUUCAUAAUUCGAAACCAUCAUCACAGCCAAUUUUACCUCAAAACUGUCACCUUAGAGGGCUUUCCAGGGCACGGUCCGGUACAUUUCGUCUGCAAUUCCUGGGUUUACCCGGCACAUCGAUACAAAUAUAAUCGCGUGUUCUUCUCCAAUGAAACCUAUCUUCCAUGCCAAACACCUGAGCCACUGCGCAAGUUGAGGGAGGAGGAAUUGGCAAACCUACGUGGAAAUGGUACGGGGAAACUUAAGGAGUGGGACAGAGUAUACGACUAUGCCUACUAUAACGAUUUAGGAUUCCCAGACAAGGGCCCAGAGUACGCACGUCCAGUUCUUGGAGGGUCAAAGGAGUAUCCAUAUCCCCGUAGAGGACGAACUGGUCGGAAACCCACUAAGAAAGAUCCCAAAAGUGAGAAAAGAUUGCCUCUUCUUAGCCUAGACAUUUAUGUUCCAAGGGAUGAACGGUUUGGGCACUUGAAGUUUUCGGAUUUCCUGGCCUAUGCUGUAAAAUCUCUUCUUCAAGUACUGGUUCCUGAGAUCAGGUCUAUAGGUGACAAGACUUUCAAUGAAUUUGACACCUUCCAAGAUGUUCUUAAACUCUACGAUGGGGGUGUCGAACUGCCAAAGGGACCUAAGCAAAGUAAAAUUAGGGAACGCAUACCUUGGGAGAUAAUGAGAGAACUUCUUCGGAAUGAUGGCGAACGAUUCCUCAAAUUUCCAGUUCCUGAUGUGAUCAAAGAUAAUAAGACUGCCUGGAGGACAGAUGAGGAAUUUGCUAGAGAAAUGCUGGCAGGAGUUAACCCCGUCAUCAUCAGUCGCCUCCGAGAAUUUCCCCCCGUUAGCAAGCUGAACCAAGACCUCUUUGGAAAUCAGAAUAGUUCCAUCAGAGCUGAACACAUAGAGUAUAAUUUAGAAGGGCUUACGAUACAAGAGGCACUUGACAAGAACAAGUUGUAUAUUUUAGAUCAUCAUGAUGCAUUGAUGCCAUACCUGACUCGAAUAAACUCUACAGACACAAAGACCUAUGCCACUAGAACACUCUUGUUUCUGAAACAAGAUGGUACAUUGAAGCCCUUGGCCAUUGAACUAAGCUUGCCCCACCCACAAGGGGAUCGUCAUGGUGUUGUCAGCAAAGUAUUAACUCCUGCACAAGAGGGCGUUGCGGCUUCAGUGUGGCAGCUGGCUAAAGCUUACGCUGCUGUGAAUGAUUCUGGAUACCAUCAACUUGUUAGCCACUGGUUAUUCACUCAUGCAGUAAUUGAGCCAUUCAUAAUAGCUACAAAUAGGCAAUUGAGCGUGCUUCACCCAAUAUACAAGCUCCUGCAGCCCCACUUUAGGGACACAAUGAACAUAAACGCCUUAGCUCGGCAAAUCCUCAUCAAUGCUGGAGGGGUGCUUGAGAGAACAGUUUUCCCAGGAAAAUUUGCCUUGGAAAUGUCGUCUGUUGUCUAUAAAAACUGGGUCUUCCCUGAGCAGGCACUGCCAGCUGAUCUACUCAAGAGAGGAGUGGCAAUUCCAGAUUCCAGCUGCCCUCAUGGUCUUAGACUUUUGAUAGAGGAUUACCCAUAUGCCGUUGACGGGCUAGAAAUCUGGGCUGCAAUUGAAACUUGGGUGAGCGAAUAUUGCCUCUUCUACUACCCAUCUCAUGAAAUGGUUGAGAAUGACCAAGAACUCCAAUCAUGGUGGAAAGAAGUCCGUAAUGAGGGUCAUGGCGAUCUUAAAGACGAGCCAUGGUGGCCACAAAUGAGGACAAGACGUGAGCUCAUUCAAUCAUGCACCAUUAUUAUCUGGGUAGCUUCUGCCCUUCAUGCAGCCGUCAAUUUUGGGCAGUACCCUUAUGCAGGAUACCUCCCUAAUCGCCCAACCGUGAGUCGAAGAUUCAUGCCUGAACCGGGCACUCCAGAGUAUGCAGAGCUUGAGUCGAAUCCUGACUUGGCAUUCCUGAAAACAAUCACAGCUCAAUUCCAAACACUCCUCGGUGUAUCAUUGAUAGAAAUCUUGUCCAGGCAUUCAACUGAUGAGGUGUAUCUCGGACAGAGAGAUGCUCCUGGGUGGACUUCGGAUGUCGAACCAGUGGCAGCAUUUGAAAGGUUCGGGAAGAGGCUGGUUGAAAUUGAGAACAGAAUCAUUGAAAUGAACAAAGACAAAAGGUGGAAAAACAGAGUUGGACCAGUGAAAGUGCCGUACACAUUGCUUUAUCCCAAUACCUCGGAUCACUCAGGGGAGGGGGGACUUACAGGGAAGGGAAUUCCCAACAGUAUCUCAAUCUGAAAUCACAGUAACGUGAUUUUGCAAACAAAUCUUUCUUCCAGCUAUUGGUAGAUUUUUGAGUGUAAGAAAUUGAAAUAUUGUCAGCGUGUAGAGACAUAAGCGGUGGGAAUUAUGUAGGGGUGUUAUUGGAAAUGUUUGUGAUAUUAUAUAGAAGCUUUUUUUUUUUUUA